AGGAACAGCCUGAAUUGAUCAUCACGUGUCGGCUGCUAUCUACCCCACUCAGAUUGCCGAUCAAAGGUAACUCCUGUGCUUUGGGACAAAUACAUUUUAGGGUCGGAGGGAUCGAAGCUUGAUUUUAUUAGGCUCUUGCGUAGGACGGAACCAUGGGACAGCAGAUGGCUUGUCUGGACCAAUUCGUUAUUUUCGGUCUGUCACUUUCAACGUCUCGAGCUUAUUUUGUCUGACGAUCGUAUAGGAGAUAGCAUCACCCAGGGAGCAUGGGACCAGUCACGUGGCUUUGCCAUGGGGGCAGAGCUGGCAUCGGCAUACUCGAGGCGGUUUGAUGUGAUGAAUCGAGGGUUCUCCGGCUAUAACACCGACCACGCACUAAAGGUGGUGCAUAACAUACUACCGCAGGCACACCCUCAGCAAGUUGCUGUUCGUUUCCUGGUGAUAUGGUUCGGAGCAAAUGAUGCAAACAAGAACCCAAUCCAGGCACAAUACGUCCCACCAGAUCGCUUCAAGAAGAACCUUCUCGAAAUCAUCAAUCACCCAGUGGUAACAGUCCACUCACCUAACAUAAUCUUGAUCACGCCACCUCCCUUUGAAGAGACUAUGUUGGUGAAGCUUCAGGAAGAGUGGGGAGUUACACCACCGACCAGAAAAGCAGCGGAUGCGCAGGAGUAUGCGGAGCUUGUGAAAGAAGUUGGGAAAGAGGCCGGGGUACCGGUCUUGGAUGUUUGGUCUGCUUUCAUGGAGAAGGCUGGGUGGAAGGCUGGAGAUCCAUUGCCUAUCCCUGGAACUUUAGAGCUUGGGAAGUCUAAGGAGCUGGAGGAGCUGUCCUAUGAUGGUUUACAUGUCAGCCCCCAGGGAUACAGAAUCGUAUUUAGUGAGUUGGUAAAACUUAUCAACGAGAAAUGGCCGGAGUACCCGCCGUAUAAGAUGCCGUAUGCGGUCAAGGUGCAGUGGGAGAAGGAUAUGGGCGCGGAAUUCUGGGAUGUGAAGAAUACGAUAUGAAUGGUAACUGAAUGAUGCAAUUUCGUAGACUGUGGGAGUAGACUUCCCUUGAUUUCAACGAGAAUAGAGAGGAUUUAGAGUUAUUUGAAGAAGUCGAGAUCGAGGAAAGGAGGUGUGCUGAGUCACGUGAACGUCUGCAGACCCUGCUAUCAGAAAUCAAACCACCUGUUCAAAAGAAGCUGCUCG